AAAACCCCCCAAAACCCUAAGGCCAAAGCCAGCAGCUGACCUGAAAUUUAAUGGCAUCGGACAACAGAGGGGUGGGUCUAUCGUUUCUUGAUUCACUUGCGGACGAACCUCCUCCUCCUUCCCCCCCUCCUCCCCCUUGCAUCGAAGUUGUUUCCUCUCAGGCUUCUUCAUCUUUCGAAGGCACUUUGGAGCCAGUCAACAUAAGUGAUGAACUCACUUUGCUCAAGGGUCGGGUGAGUACUAAAGAGGUUUUUGGGUUGCCUAACUCUGAUUUAGUUCCUGGGGUAUAUGAAGGUGGACUGAAGUUAUGGGAAGGUUCUCUGGAUCUUGUUAAAGCUCUACGCUCAGAAGCUGAAAAUGGCAAUAUCUCUUUUAGUGGGAAGCGUGUUUUAGAGCUUGGAUGUGGUCAUGGUCUUCCUGGGAUCUUUACUUGCCUUGAGGGUGCAGCUCUCAUACAUUUCCAAGACUUCAAUGCUGAAGUUCUGCGUUAUCUUACUAUUCCCAAUGUAAAUGCCAACCUUUCCAAAAAGCUUCAGCCUGCUGCUGCAAAUGAAGAACCUAGUGAUGCUGGAGUUGAAGUUCGCUUCUUUGCCGGUGACUGGAGUCAAAUCCAUGAACUUCUACCUUGUGCGAAUGACAAUGAAAAGAAUCUGAACAGCUUAGGGCAUAUUCCAACUUCUGGUUAUGACAUUAUAUUGAUGGCGGAGACUAUCUACUCAAUCUCUGCUCACCAAAAUCUCUAUGGACUUAUAAAAAAGUGCGUCAGCCGUCCUCAUGGAGUUGUGUACAUGGCAGCAAAGAAACAUUAUUUUGGAGUAGGUGGUGGAACUCGACAAUUCCUGUCCAUGGUAGAGAAAGAUGGUUUUAUGGCUUCUUGCCUGGUUGCUGAAGUGGCAGAUGGUUCUUCUAAUGUCAGAGAGGUAUGGAAACUUUCAAUUAAGUAGUGCCUGAACUUUCUUGACUAGAGCUCCAUGGCCUUCCAUUGGGACGCUACCUGUACUAUAUUAAGUGAAUAUUCUAUAAUUUGAUAAAAGGUUUCUCCUGCGUUUCCAUUACUUUUUUUUUUUUUCUUGUUACUAAUGAUAAACUAUUGUUUCAUUUCAUAUACUGGGAUUGUACAAUUGAAUUUUGUAACUUGUGCUAACUAGUAGUAUGAAUUUACGUUGCAUCUUUUA